CUCCACGGAAACUGAGUGCCUCUUUAUUAGCUCGGUAGCUGAGGUAGGAUAUGUUACCUGACGCGGAAAUGGAAUUUUUUGAUGUGCGUCAAUCUAUCCUGUUCUGUCUGCAGCGGACAAAAAGGCCUCAGGGGGAAAUUUAUCUGAUCGAUCGAUAAGAUAAUCACUUACACCCCCUGCCUCAAAACUCCAAAUUGAGCUCAAAGCCUCAAUAAUCCAACCACGCUUAACAAACUAUGAACUCAAGUCAACAUGGCAGCCGUCACCGCUGCAGGUGGGCCACGAUCACCCCCUUGAUCUGCCUGCUCGGCCACCUGACCCUAUCCCACGCCGCCACCGUCACAUACGACUUCAACAUCACCUGGGUGACAGCCAAUCCCGAUGGCAUGGCCGACAGACCCGUCAUCGGCAUCAACGGCGCCUGGCCUCUUCCCAUCAUCCGAGUUGACGUCGGAGACCGCCUCAUCGUCAACGUCCUGAACUCUCUGGGCAACCAGUCAACGUCACUCCAUUUCCAUGGUCUUUUUCAGAAUGGGACUAAUGAGAUGGAUGGCCCUGUCUACGUGACGCAAUGCCCCAUUCCGCCGGGGUCGAGGUUCACCUACAAUUUCACAAUCGACCAACCAGGAACAUACUGGUACCAUUCCCACACGCACGGGCAGUAUCCCGACGGCCUGCGCGCACCGCUUAUCGUCCACGACCCGGCCUCCCCGUUCCGGGAUCUGUACGAUGAGGAAGUAGUCAUGUCUGUCUCGGACUGGUACCACGAGCAGAUGCCGGGAUUGCUGAAGUGGUUUAUCAGCAAGGCCAACCCGACGGGCGCCGAGCCCGUGCCGAAAUCGGCUCUGCUCAACGAGACGCAGAACCUGACAGUUCCGGUGACGCCGGGCAGGACCUAUCUAUUUCGUAUGGUCAAUAUUGGCGCGUUUGCCGGGCAGUAUGUCUGGUUUGAGGGGCAUAAUGUGACUGUGGUGGAGAUUGACGGCGUAUAUACGCACCCGACUGAGACGGGCAUGAUUUAUCUCGCUGCUGCGCAGAGGUAUAGCUUUCUCAUUACGGCGAGGGAUGAUACGGAGGGGAAUUUUCCGUUUGUGGCUAGCAUGGAUACAGACAUGUUUGACACCCUCCCUGACGACCUAAACUGGAACGUCACAGGCUGGCUGGUGUACGACGCGAGCAAGCCGCUUCCGGAUCCGGCCGUGCUGCCGGACCCGUCAUUCAGCCCGCUCGACGACACGACCCUGCUGCCGUGGGACAACCAGACUCUACUCGGCGAGCCGGACCGCAUCGUGACACUGGACGUGGCCAUGGACAACCUCGGCGACGGGGCGAACUACGCCUUCUUCAACAACAUAACUUACGUCUCCCCCAAAAUCCCAACCCUCUACACAGUAUUAACCACAGGCGACAACAACCUGAAUCUCGCAACCGACCCGGCCGUGUACGGGACCUACACGUCCAGCUUUGUCCUCGAAAAGAACCAGAUCGUUGAGGUGGUCGUCAACAACCGUGAUGCAGGCAAGCACCCGUUCCACUUGCACGGCCACCACUUUCAGACCGUGUUCCGCUCCGACGAGGACGCGGGCGAUUUCAUCUCAGACUACUACCUGCAGAAUCUCAGUGCGACCGUGGCCCCCAUGCGCCGCGACACGGUCGUCGUCCGGCCGAAUGGGCAUCUUGUCCUGCGGUUUAGGGCUGAUAAUCCCGGCGUCUGGCUCUUCCACUGCCACAUAGAAUGGCACGUCGCCUCCGGGCUAGUAGCCACAUUCAUCGAGGCGCCGCACGAGAUCAUACAACAAAAACGGACUCGGACGCUGCCGGCAGAUCAUCUUGCGGCGUGUGUGGCCGCUGGCGUGCCCACGCGCGGCAAUGCCGCCGGGAAGGACGGUGACGAUCUCUUGGAUUUGUCGGGGGAGAAUGCGCCGCCUGGGCCGUUGCCUGCUGGGUUCACGGCCCAGGGGAUCGUGGGCUUUGUCUUUAGCUGCGUGACCGGCCUUUUGGGCGUUGCUGUUGUUGUAUGGUAUGGGCUGGCCGAACCACCGCUUCAAGAUGGAGAGGAAGGUCAGGGUCAGGGUCAGGGGCAGCAGCAAGAAGUGGAGAAGGGAUGGAAUGGCGCUGGAGAGACCAAAAUGGGGAUAAACGGCGAUGGUAGUGAUGGUGUGGUUGGGCAGAUGGGAGGGGAUGGGACUGGAAAUGAGGUUGGAAUGGGUAGGGGUGUUAUUCGGGCGGCAUGAAAUAGUUGCCAAAAAGACAGCAGAUGAUACCAACAUAUCAAAAUAGACAGAGUCACCCACCAGUGACUGACCUGCUAAACACGCUCCAU